UUGCCGGCCGCCUCUUUCCGGCUCUGUUUCCCGCACGGUCCUCACCCAACUGCCGGGAUAGAGAGGAAGGGCGGGCGCGGGUGGGAGGGAAACAGCCCAGACCCGAACAAAAGGCCAGGGAAGCGGGGCUCCCGCCGGUGAAAUGUAGGCCGGGUCGCGCUGGAGCCGCUGCGCGGGGGCCAGCCGCUGGCGGGUGUGGAUCGCACUCCUGGGCCACCAUGGAGACCUCACCCUCGAUUUAGUUGUUAUUUAGUAUGGAAGAAGAUGAGUUCUUUGGAGAAGAAAUGUUCCAGCAUUAUUGUGCAGAAUUCAUUAAACAUUCACAGAAGAUAGGCGAUGGCUGGGAAUGGAGAACUUCAAAGGACUAUUCUGAUGGCUACAUGUGCAAAACGCAGUUUCAAAUUAAAAAUGGGACUGCAGUGUCGCAUCGAGGAACAUCUGCCCGUGUACAAACAUGUCUUCCCAUGGAGGAGGCUUUAGAGCCACCCCUGGAUGAUUUUGAGGUGACGGAGACCACCACGGCAACCGAAGUGAUUAAAUAUGAGUAUCAUGUCUUAUAUUCCUGCAGCUACCAAGUGCCUGUGCUUUACUUUAGGGCAAGCUUUUUAGAUGGAAGCCCUUUAGCUCUGAAGGACAUAUGGGAAGGAGUUCAUGAGUGCUAUAAGACUCGGCUGCUGCAUGGACCGUGGGACACUAUUACCCAACAGGAGCAUCCGAUACUUGGACAACCCUUUUUUGUACUUCAUCCCUGCAAGACGAAUGAAUUCAUGACUCCUGUGUUAAAGAAUUUUCAGAAAAUCAAUAGGAAUGUCAACUACAUCACGUCAUGGCUGAGCAUGGUAGGGCCAGCUGUCGGGCUGAAUCUGCCUCUGAGUUAUGCCAGAGCAGCCUUUCAGGAUGAAGGAAAUGUUGACAGACAAGAUUCUUCUGUUGAGCCAAAGAACUUAGAAGAACUCUGAGAACCUACGUGGCCGGCCCUGGUUUAAUGGGACCAAUAUGGUGUGAGAUUUCAGGUCACCGAGAUUUUGAUGUGGAUUUUUUUUCCCUUGGAAGCAAAUGUCUGUAGCAACUGAUGUACUCUAUGUUUAGAAGAAACACUGCAAAGACACAAAUCACUAUAAAUAGCGAAAAAGGAAUCUAACUUGGUAAUAGAAAUACUGACAUCAUCAGGGCACUUCCAGGUCGUUCCCUCAUGUCUCUGAGACUCAUUCUCUUCAUCAUUAAUUUGAGAAAAACAAGCUACCUCACAGGGUUGCUUUGUGAAGCACAUGAGAGCCUUAUUGUGUUUAUGAGAAAAUAUGGUAAAGUAUUAUGCAAAUAUUCAUUAAAUGGUUACCUUUCUUAUAUUUGAUUGUCAUUCACCUAGGCUGUCAAUAAGUUUAAUAGUCAGUAAGAUAUUAAGAUGAACCAUAGAAUUUUCAGUUUGGGGGUUGCCUGUUUUGUUUUUCAUUUUAACUUGCUAGGGUCUUAAACUAAGAGAAAAACGUAAUUGACUCUUGAGAGCGUCUAGAUUAGUGUCUGUCAGUGGGGGAUGCACUUUAGAGUCACUUGAGGAUCUUUUACAGUUACAGACGCUGGGGCCUCAAUUGCUGGGACAGCCCCUCUGGGGUGAUUCUGGUUCACAUGCUCCUGAAGAAGUUCUGGUCUGGAUGCACCUUUUGAGUGGCAUUUAUUUGUAUUGCUUUGGUCUCCCAGUAGGUCUUUUCCAAUUCUGUGCCUAGCUCCUGCAAGAGGGACUUACUUCCUAACAUUGCCCGGGCCUUGCCCCAAGAAUCUGGAUAGCAAGGAAGUCUAGGAGGCAUUUGGAGAGGCAGCCUACUUUGGAGAAGCGGUUAGGAUGAGGGGAUUAUCUGCUGGUGAAUAGCAGAGGACCACAACAGCCCUAUGAGUCUCUAGGUUAAGUGCUGUACUCUCAUGAAGGAAACAGAAGUAGAGAAAGGGUUAAUUCAAACUGCUGGAAAAGCUAAAAGCAAAUUUUAAAACGCUGAGCUGCACAUAUUCUUGCUGGGAUGAGAGCCUGCUUACAUGCUUGUUGGGCAUUUUGGUAUUUACCACUUAACAUCUUUUCAGCUUCUGCAAGGGAUUUCCACCUCCCACCCCCGACUCUCCCUAAUGUAAACACAGAUUUCUCAGCAAGUCAUUUCUCAAGCCAUGUCAUUUCUA